CAGACACUACACAUAGAGAUUCACGCUAGACUGAAACCUGGGAGAGCAAAGGAGGAAAAGAGGGACGUGGAGACCAGUGGGAUCCAAGAUAAUCUCCAAUGAAACACACACCUCCGCUCACUCAGAAGGGUCGAGGCUUCUUGUCUCUGAGGCUUCUCCCUGCAGAGCAAUAAGUCCAGGCUAACUCCUCACUCCCCACACAUCCACUCCUGCUCUCCCUCCUCCAGGUCACCCCAGCCAUGAGGACCCUCGCCUUCCUCGCUGCCGCCGUUCUCCUGGUGGUCCUGCAGGCCCAGGCGGAGCCACUCCAGGCAAGAGCUGACGAGGUUGCAGCCCAGGAGCAGCCUGGAGCAGACACUCAGGAAGCGUCUGUUUCCUUCGUAUGGGAUGAAGAUGCUGCACAUCAGCUUUCAGGCUCAGGAAGACGCACACGCUGCGCUUGCAGACUCGUAGGCUGCCGUUCCAGAGAACGUGAUUUGGGGACCUGCUACACUGGUGGUAGAUUAUGCUGCCGCCGAGCUUCCAGAUAAAAAUAAGCUCCCGAUUUAUUUUGAGAGUUAAAGACAUCCUUGUCACUCCUGUACCAUGUCCUCAGUUUCCUUUCCUCAUCCCAA